AUGGUGAGCACCCUUUCGUUUAUAGCCCUCCUUGAGAGGAACGAUGUUGUGCUCGUUGAUACAAAUCACAGUGGACUUCACGCUGAUGGAGUCGACAUUUUUGUGGAUUGCUAUCCCACUUCCAAGAAAGAGGCUGCUCUUCACUUUAAGGCAAGUCAUUUCCUUUCGAUUUUGUUGUUGUUGUAUGCUUUCGACACAUGUGUUGAUAACUUCCUCUUUGCAUGUAUGUAUAGUUUGCUGUCUGCACAUUACGUUUUGUUUCAUAAGUAUGUGCCAGCUCGGCGUGGUUUGGGUCUUUCUUUCUCCGUUGAACAGUCUUGUCUUUCUCCAGAUCAACAGAUUUCAUAGCUUUAUGUGGCGUAUUAGAGAAACCAGUGACUUCUCUAUGGGUUCUUUCCAAUCACUUAAAUAAUGCAAACACAUACAUGCAUACAUACAUGCACACACACAUACAUACAUACAUGCAUACAUACAUACAUAUAUACAUACAUACAUACAAACACACAUGCAUUCACACAUACAUACUUGCGUAAAAAAACUUGCUUACUACGUUCAUAUUUACUUGCAUGCUUCUUUAUAUUAUGCUUUGAUCAUUACUUCGUGGGUUGCUUGGUUUCUUGAUUUCUUGCUUCUUUACUUGUUUUCUUGAUUUUUUUUGUUUACUUCCUUAUUUGAUUUAGGGUGUGUGGUUGCUUGCUUCUUUGAUUGCGUGCUUCCAUAAUGCGUGUUUUAUUUUGUUGCUACCUUGGUUACUUCCUUCUUGGAUUGCUUGCUUAGUUGUGUGCUUCCUUACUUGCUUCCUUGAUUCAUAUUUUAUUUUGUUGCUACCUUGGUUCCUUGUAGGCUCCCUUGAUUCAUUUUACCUUCUCUCUGACUUUUGCUUCUUUAUAUUGCUUACUUACUUCCUUUUUCUUUACUUGCUCACUUACUAACUAUCUAGCUCGAUUUAUCAGUCUAUCUUCCAUAAGUUAUUGCUUCUUUACUUCCUUUGUUACUUGCUUCCUUCUUUGAUUUCCUGGGUGCGUGGUUGCUUGCUUACUUGAUUCAUGUUUUUUUUUCUUAAUUGCUUGCUUACUUGCUUCCUUGAUUGGUAUUUUACUUUGUUGCUACCUUGGUUCCUUGCGGGCUCCCUUGAUUCAUGUUUUACUUUCUCUCUGACUUUUGCUUCCUUAUAUUGCUUACUUCCUUUUGUUUUACUUGCUCACUUACUAACUGUGUAGCUAGAUUUAUCAAUAUAUCUUUCAUAAAAAUAUCUAUUUGCUUUAGAUAGUUCUAGUUAACUGUUUGAAAAUAGUACAUAUGGACACUCCUGAACGUCUAUCAAGGCAAAGUCUUUGUGCGUCAAUGUCACUGCCACAUGGACAAUACCUUCUAUUGUUUAUUAUGAACAAUGGUUUAACCAGAUUCAGUAUACAACGAUCAAGGACCAUGAGUUAUACAAGAUCAUCUCGUUUGUAUCUAAAUCUUAUUUUUUGGUUUUCGUUGUUCAGGUUUGAGAUAUAGGUGUUUGCUUGCAUUCUUUUUCUGAACCAAGAGCCUCGUGAAUCCUCUGGCACCAUGAAAUAAGUUCAUCUUCUUUUUUAUGUGUGUCUUCUUUUUUAAUGCAUGUUUACAUGCCUCGUUUUAUGCAUGUGCUCUACAGGAUAAGCGCACUCUACAAUCCUCCAGCAAAUCUUGAAGAUCUACGCUUUGAGUCGACCACAAAGAAAAUAAGUAUAUAAGGUAAGCACUUCGUCACUUACCAUUCAUGUUUUUUUGUUUGUUUGUGAUGUAGCCUCAUAACCAAUCUAGCACUUCUAGCUUGAAAUUUUUAAACAAUUAGUUGUAGGUACCCUAAGUCUAGCUUGAAAUUUUUUCGUAACUGUAGUUGUCUAACUGAUUUAGGCCUGCGAAGUACAUGUGUAUUGGAAUUUUGGAGAGGAACAUCUAGAGAUAUUUUUCCACAUACAUAUCAAUAUCGUAAAUAUACCUUUUCAUUAUCUCUUCAUUUCUGUUGGCAAUUGAGGUUUCCAUAUCCAAGCUGAAUUUAUUUAUGAUUUCCUACAUGUGUUCUUUCUCAUCUUUUUAAUUUCUGAAUUUUUUUUUUUUGUUAUAAGGAUUGCAUACACCUCUCAUUUGCCCAUUUAAUCUUAUGAUACUCUACGGGGUGCGGUUAGAUGAAAACAGUUGAAGGACUGAACUACAGAUAUUUCACCCAGUGUUGAGCAAGAAAAUUGCAUCAAAUCGUUUAUCCAGGGAGAUUGCAUCGUGUAUGCGACUAUGUGAACUACGAAGUUGUACAUGUCCAGGGAAUUCAUAGGAACGACUAAGGCCUAUUAAUUAGUUAUAUUGAGUGUUGUUAUUAAGGUGAAAAUGGUACUUUGGUUUCUUAACUCGGUGAUGUGCUUAUCCUGGCAGUGAAAGGUGUACAAAAACUGAAUAACCCGUCCAUCUCCACUAAUUUAUAGUCAAAGUUUCAGAUAAGUAAUUAAGUCAAUCUAAUCAACUUUCUUAGUUUUUAGAAAUACUUGCAUCUCUGUGUAACAACGAUCAGAGGCUGACCUCUAAUUCACUGCUAAAAGUUCACUUGUAAGUUGUUAUUUUAUUAAACUUAAGGCCAUCUCUAAUGUAUACAUUGAUGGAUCCUCUUGUAUACAUAUACAUUGAUGAAUCUUUUCAUUUGCAUUUGAUAUUUAGAAUUUUCAGUUUGCAGUUAAAGCGCUCCUUGCUUAGAAAACAUGAGAGAUGGAAUUUUAGAUAAACGUCAAGAAUCAAAGCAAAAAACAAACUUGUGGAAGAACAGUAAAAUGUUUGCAGGGUCCGUCGAAGGCUAUUCUCCGGAUCUGAGAAUUUGUUUUUUCUUACUCAUCUGGAGACAAGAUCCACGAUAAGAAUAUACUCCAGUGUCUGUAUGUUCCAAACUGUGGUGGUGACAGUGAGGUCAUUUCUGACAUUCCUGUAAGAAGGUUGUGCGAUUAUGGAGAAAAGCAUCAAAAACGCAAUUCUUCUAGGAUUCAAUACAGUUCAAAAGAGACUGAAUUGCAGAUACUCCACCCGGUGAUGGUUAUGGCAAGAAAGAUGUAUCAACAGUGAAUAGAUAGUUACCAUUUGCUUACAAUCAAAGUUACAUAUACCAAACUGAAUAAGGUAUUGAUGUUUAAACUUACUUGUUUUAUAUCUAUAUACUAUCAGGCCAAUCGAACUAAACGAAAAUGGAAUUGUGUUUGUACCGAUUGGGCAUUGCUUGAAAAACC